AUGAGUACAGCUCAGGCAGAGAGGACCCCUCGAUCUCAUUCACGGAGGUACCGCAGAAACGACAUGCCCGAGCCCCAGCCCAAGCAGGAUGGGGAUGGUGUUCUCGGCGACGGCCACUUCAUUAUCGAGUUCGUCGCGAAUACUGAUGUUUCGGCCGUAGUCGAUGCCCUUAGCAAAGAAAAUGGCGUCGAUAUCGUUAAGGUGUUUGACCAUGGUAUUUUCCAAGGCUGUACCAUCAACGCACCGAAAACUACAAUCGACUUGAUUCAAGAUAGGGCCGUCGUUGCGAAAGCAUGGCAGGCUCGUAAAGUGACGUUUGGCAAGCCCCAGGCCCAGCAUUUGGGCGGUGAGCCUCAGCUUAGCAACUACUCCAACCAUCACAUGACAGGCGUCGACAAGCUCCACCGAGCAAACAUUAAGGGCAAGGGCGCAAAGAUUAUCAUAAUUGAUACAGGAAUCAACUACAGACAUAAGGCACUCGGCGGAGGUAUUGGCAAAGGUUUCAAAGUCGCUGGUGGCUAUGAUUUCGUAGGCCAGACUUUGUGGCCGAAAGCAGGCGUGCUCAAAGUUCCCAGUGAGGACCCGGAUGAUCAGUUUGGCCAUGGCACACAUGUCGCAGGUAUCAUUGCUGGCCAGAGCGAAGUCUUCACAGGUGUUGACGCCUCGCUCUACGCAUAUAAAGUCUUCACAAGUAUCGAUUUUACUAACGACGACACUAUCAUCGAAGCCAUGCUGAGAGCAUACGAUGAUGGUGUUGAUAUUAUCACCAUGUCCCUGGGCUCUCAGAAUGGCUGGUGUGACAGUGCCAAGAGUCUCGUGGCCAGCCGGAUGGUUGAGCAAGGCGUCCUGGUCAUCAAUUCAGCCGGCAACGAUGGCUUGUUUGGAGCUUUUGCUACCUCAACCGGCGCUGCCGGCGCCAAUGUCGUGUCGGUCGCCUCUGUCGAGCCUGAUGUUAUCGCCCUAUUCAUGUUCAAGUCAACCUUAACGCUGCCAGGGGGCAAGCCUGAGGAUAGAUGGAUCCCGUACACGUCCCUGUUUGAUUGGUAUCCCGCAUCGGUGAAGGGCUGGCCUGUUUGGCCAGUCUCCCUAGACGCACUCGACGACGAAGCGUGCGCGCCCUUGCCUGCAGAUACACCAGACUUGUCAAAGGUAGUUGUACUUGUCCGACGCGGCACCUGUGACUUUUCUGUCAAGCAAGCCAAUCUCAAGGACUUCAACGCAACACACGUCAUUGUCUAUAACAAUGAAAAGCCCCUAAUUCCGCCUUGGACAGACUAUUCGGACCCCAAUAUCGCUAUGAUACCUGCUGAAGACGGCAAAGCCAUUAUUGACGUUCUGAAGCCUGGCGGCAACGUCACCUUUGACUUUGACUACCGUCCUGACGUGCACACUACAGCAGCACCCAACAAAGACCACCAAGGCCUCACAAGCCUCUAUACAAGCUUCGGGCCAGACAAUGACCUGGCUGUAAAGUCAGACAUUUCAGCUCCAGGGAGCCUGAUACUGUCGACGUAUCUCGGCGACGGCUAUGCCAUCUUGAGCGGUACAUCCAUGGCGGCGCCGUAUAUUGCCGGCGUGGCGGCCCUCUAUGUUGGACAGUUUGGUGGCCGCGCCAGCCACGACGUAGGCUGGGCUAAGAGUCUCGCGAUGCGUAUCAUUUCUUCAGGCGAGCCGAUCGCGUGGGAUGGCGGCUCCUUCAGUGGCGUCCACCAAGAAACCUUCGCGUCUGUCGCGCAGGACUACGGUGGUCUGGCCACCGUCAGCACGACGUCGCCGGUGCAUGUAGCAGGUAUCGAAGAGCUGAUAACGAGCCCACUGAAGCUAAGCCCUCAGGUCACGUUCCCCAGCACCGGCUUCACUGUCAAGCCUGGACAGACACGCACAGCAAAGAUCAAUUUUGGACCGCCGGCAGACAGUGCCGUAGCCGCGCCCGCAUCGCUGCCUGUGUACAGCGGCCGGAUUGUCAUCAAGGGCAGCAACGGCGACGUGCUGGGCGUGCCGUAUCUCGGCCUUGCAGCAAACCUGAAGCGCGACGUGGGCGACAUGCUCGAACGCACCGCCGGCGUGCCGCUCAUCGUUUCGGGCGCCGCCAACGUCAGCAUCGAAACGAAGGCCAAAUUCACCUUCAACCAGGACGCCGCUAGCCCAGAUUUCCCGCAUAUGACGGUGUCAAAUUUUUUUGCCACGCGCGAGAUGCGCUGGGACAUUUUUGACCUGUCAUGGCAUGAGCGGCGGUGGGUGUAUCCGCCACAAGAGGGCCAAGCAGGCUUCGUCGGGUCCGUAUCGGCAUGGUCAUAUUCAGACGCCACUUAUAUUCCUGAUCCCCAGUUUGAUGAUUUCUGGACGCCUGUCAAGUUUCCUCUUGUUAAUGUCCCCCGGACGGAUUGGAACACGCCGGCGCUCGAGUUUAUGUGGUAUGGCGCCCUGGGUAACGGGACGCAGAUCGCGCCGGGGUGGUAUCAGAUGCGGGUAGCUGCUCUGCGGCCGUUUGGCAAUCCCAAAUCGGCGGACAAUUGGGAUGUAUUCAAGACGCCCAAAAUCGAGGUCCUGCCGUUGAAGAAGUAG